GGAUGGACCCCACUUGUAGGUGUCCGUUGGCAACAGUAAACUCAAAAUCCGAAAACUUUUUUUUCUUUUGUUUCUCCCUUCCAACUCCCACGAAUACCAAACCGAGAAAUCAAGAAACACUUCACCGCAAAAAAUCAGUUCCUCUCCAAAAAAUCUCUGAAUUUCCAGAGCAGAAGAUGCUGCAACCCUGCUGGGAGAUCUAAACGAUGUCGUCGUGUUUGGCUGAGGAGCCAAAGCUUGUUUCUUCUCCGGCCCGGAGAUGGUCUGGGCUAUGGAUGAAGAACAAGAAAGCUCUAAACAAUGUCCUCUUCGCUAUGCACCUUCAAUCUUUACCCAAAAACCCUAAAAAUCCCCAACCCGUUUCAUCUUCUCCCCGGCCCAAUAAGGCCCAAGACUUCGAUGUUCCGGUCCCCGUCUCUGAUCGGACCUCACUCCUCUCCGAUGAAACCCUUCUUUAUAUUCUCGCGAAGCUCCCCGAUUCUCAAAGGAGCUCCAAUUCCCUCGUGUCUAAGCGCUGGCUCAAUCUCCAGGGCCGCCUUGUUAGGUCCAUCAAGCUCCUCCAAUGGGACUUCCUCGUCUCCGGCCGUUUAUUUCACCGGUUCCCCAAUCUCAUCCACGUCGAUUUGGUCAAUGCCUCCGUGGUUUCGCCGCGAAACUCCGGUAUUUUCUGUUCCAACAACGCCGUUUCCUUUCACCUCGAUUCUAUCCUUAAUCCCGACGAUUCAAAAAUCCUGUUGGGAUCCCAGGAAAUCGACGAGGGGCUGAGCGUUUUAGCGAACGGGUACCCCAAUUUACGGAGACUUUCAGCGAUGAACGCGAGCGAGAUGGGCGUUUUGAGCGUGGCGGAGGACUGCCCAACUCUGCAAGAACUGGAAUUGCACCGCUGCACCGACCAGGUCCUGCGGGGGAUCGCCGCGUGCCACAAUUUGCAGAUACUAAGGUUGAUCGGGAACCUCGACGGGUUUUAUAAAUCCUCGGUGUCGGAUGUGGGGUUGACUAUAUUAGCGCAGGGGUGUAAGAGGCUAGUGAAGCUGGAGUUGAGUGGGUGCGAGGGGGGCUAUGAAGGGAUUAAAGCUAUUGGGCAGUGUUGCCAAAUGCUCGAAGAGUUGACGAUCUGUGAUCAUAGGAUGGAGGAUGGGUGGUUAUAUGCUCUUGGGUUCUGUCGGGAUUUGAAGACUUUGAGGUUUGUGUCGUGUGGGAGUAUUGACAGGAGAAGUUCGGAGUUUUGUGAGGAAAUAGGGUGUUGUCCCACUCUUGAAAGAUUGCAUUUGGAGAAAUGCCAAUUGCGAGAUCGGAGUAGUUUGGGGGCAUUGUUUUCUGUUUGUCAAGAUGUUAAGGAAGUUAUGUUUCAUAACUGCUGGGGAUUGGAUAAUGAUAUGUUCAGAACUGCUAUUAUUUUCAGGAGAGUGAAGUUCCUAUCCAUAGAGGGCUGCUCUCGGCUCACAAUCGAGGGUCUGGAGCAUGUUCUUCUGUCGUCGAAGGAGCUUCGGAGCCUGAGAGUGGUGUCCUGUAAAAGCAUAAAGGACAGCGAAACGAGCCAGGCGCUUUCUGCGCUGUUCUCCUCGCUGAAGGACCUGAAAUGGAGACCGGACACAAAGUCGCUCGUCUCUGCCACCAUUGCUGGAUCUGGCAUGGGGAAAAGAGGCAGUAGGUUCUUCAGAAAGGGCUGUGACUGGAAGUCACUGCCUGGUGCAUAAACCCUUUCCUUCCCUUCAUGCAACUUUGAAUGAAUGUGGCCUUCAUUCUCAAUGUACCAAUGUUUAAGUAAUCCUGCCUUGUGUUGUUUCAGUGUACCAAUACUAAGUAAUCUGGCUCUGUACUAUACCAAUGUUAUGUAGUGUAAGGUACCCAUGGGGUGUUGGAUACUUGGAUGCGAUGACUGA